UGUCAUGAGAGAAAAUUUAACUAUCAUGAUAUUUUUUCAAUGACAGAAAAAAUAAUACGCAUGGUUUAUUUGGGAAACGUAAACAAACAAAAAUAAUGGUCCGUGUUAAAAGCAGAUAUAUUGUAGUACAAAUACUACCGCAUGAAUCCUGCACAGGAAAUGUUUCAUUCAAUGACGGCAUCUUGACCAAAAGCUUCCUCAAAUACAUUAAACAAUAUUAUGGUGAUUUUGGAGUUGGUUCGGUUGAAAAUGGAUUUCGUAUUAAAUAUUGCAAUGAUAAAACAAAAAUUGCAAUAAUUCGUUGCAGACACAAACCGCAUAGGUUUGUAGCAAGUAUUUUGCCUUUAAUCACUGUGAUUGGUGACUAUCGAGCCAAGUACCGAACUCUUUAUACUGGAGCAACAAUUAUGCAAUGCAAUAAGUUUAUUGUCAAUCAUCAAAAAGCAUUUUUAGAUCGAAUGGUUGGACGUAUUGCAUCGGCUAAGGAGCGUAAUGAUUUAAUUAAAAAUGUUCUCGAAUUUGAACUUGCUUAGAUGCCUCUAUGAUAAGGUUUUUUUUAUUUUUUUAAUAAUUGUACCUACUACAUUAUAUUUAAAUAUUUAUAAUAAAGUAAUUAAGUUUUUAAUGAU